AUGCAGUCAGGAGUGCAUUCGACAUGGGUGGAGAGUGUAUGGGCAGCUAAGCAGUUCCGGCUUUUCCUCACCGUUCAUCCAUAUCCGAUGCGUGAUGCAAUGAUCUUCAUGUUUGGUGUUGUUUUCUUCAUCCUCUCAUAUAUCAUCAUGCAGCUCAUCUAUCUUGGCAACAAAGAAGCCAUCGAGCCAUCGGCAUCGCUUGCUGAAUCGGAUAAUGCUGCUCCUCUGUGA